AUGCCACAGAGCUCAAUCAUCGUCGACCCCGAUAACGGCCGCAGGUAUCAUUCAUAUCAUGAGGGGGAAUAUCUCCUGCCUAAUGAUGAAAUGGAACAAGAUCGUCUCGAUUUAACCCACCACAUUUACUUGAUGAUUAUGAAUGGGGCCCUUCAUCUAGCACCGGUCAAGACUCCCGCGAGAGUGCUAGAUCUCGGCACCGGCACAGGUAUAUGGGCAAUCGAUUUUUCGGAGUACGUUCACCUGGCAUGCCACUUCUUAUGGCACCUCGCUGACAAUAUGAUGUGA